UUUGAAAAUGUAUACGACAAUGAAAGUUCGGUUUGUACGUUCAACACCUGACGUCAACCUACAAACUCCUCACAAGAACAAAUUUGUAGACCGGAUCGGGCUACUCACUCGGAGCCAUUUCUCAGUUCGUUUCAGCCGCCUUGGCUCGAAGGCGGUUCAGCACAGUUGGAUCAACGUGCAGGACAAGCCUGCUACGAACCAAAAAGGUGAACCACGCAACCGGUCAAGACCCCAAGCUGUUAUGACUCCCACCUCAAACCCGACACAAACGAAUCCGACGAUGAAAAAGCGUGUCUUCACAUUUGGCAAAGGAAUGAGCGAAGGACACAAGGGUAUGAAGUCCUUGUUGGGAGGGAAAGGAGCAAACCUUGCAGAGAUGGCAAGCAUUGGCCUAUCUGUGCCGCCGGGUCUCACAAUAUCAACUGAGGCAUGCCAGGAGUACCAGCAAUGCGGAAAGAAACUGCCAGAGAGACUAUGGGAAGAGAUACUGGAGGCCUUGGAGAGCGUGGAGAAGGAAAUGGGAGCCAAACUUGGUGAUUCUUCAAAGCCGCUCCUCUUAUCUGUUCGUUCAGGUGCUGCGAUUUCUAUGCCUGGCAUGAUGGACACUGUCCUUAACCUUGGCCUUAAUGAUGAAGUGGUUGCUGGUUUGGCUUCCAAAAGUGGAGAACGCUUUGCUUAUGAUUCGUAUAGACGUUUUCUAGACAUGUUUGGUGAUGUUGUCAUGGGCAUUCCACACUCUUUAUUUGAAGAAAAACUAGAAGGCCUUAAGGCGGCCAAAGGCAUUAAUCUUGACACUCAGCUCAAAGCUUCUGACCUUAAAGAGCUUGUGGCACUGUACAAGACGGUCUACCUUGAAGCCAAGGGUGAACAGUUUCCUUCAGAUCCAAGAGAGCAGUUGCAAUUGGCUGUGAAAGCAGUCUUUGACUCCUGGGACAGUCCUAGAGCCAUCAAGUAUAGGAGCAUCAACCAGAUAACUGGGUUGAAGGGGACUGCCGUUAACAUUCAAUGCAUGGUGUUUGGAAACAUGGGAAACACUUCAGGAACAGGUGUGCUCUUCACUAGAAAUCCAAGCACUGGGGAAAAGAAGCUUUAUGGGGAGUUUCUA